AUGAAGAAUUUCAUCGUCACUCAUUCGCUACAAUGCCUGGAGACGCACGCAACUACCCAGCCGAAAAAAUACUCCAGUCAAUAUCCAGAUUUUAGUUAUCGUUAUGAUGUCACUAACAAAGCACUGAGGGAAGCGAGGAGGUGGAAGCCGCGAAGGCUUCUUCAACCCGAGCACAACGUCGUCAUGAAGGGUAUUGGUAGCCACCAUAGUCCUGAACACUUGCUAAACUAUGGUGGUCGCCACCUCCGGGAUACCUGGACAGUAGUGGUUUUCUGUGUCACUCGCGUCACCACAAGCGUGGUGUUAGUGAACAUCGAAGAGAACAAGCGGAAGGCAGAGCAAUAUUGCAAUGAGCACCCUUCUCUUGGCCAUGAAAAUUCCCUAGAGUUCAAGCUUGCCGAUAUCAUUUUUCACCCCGAGCCGACGGGGCAUGUUCGUUAUGGCGAACAUCUUCCCAAGUCAGAAGACGAAGGGAGGCAGGGUGCCCACCAAAUGGACCUCCAGCUGGCGAUGAGCAUUCAAUUUUGA